AUGAGUUUGCGAGAGGCCUUGUUCGACGGGCCAGGCAAUGUGAAAGCACAUCGACAGCCUCGCUGUCAUGCAUUGCGAAGUAGGCGGACUAGCAUCCUAAAAGAUCGGGCAGAGGCCCUGGCCUUGCGGCCUUGCAGCGCUGUGCGACUGGCACGAAGCGGAGUCACGUCCAGCCCAACAAGGGCUGAAUUCGCACCUCCUAGUCUUCGGCAGUUUGGCAAGGAAUCUUUGGGUCGCAGAGAGGCCACAUUCUACCAGAAACGAGUUGUGGCCCUGUAUUUGCCGGCUGGGGCUUUGGCAGACCUUGAUCUGCGACGUCUUCAGAACGUGAACGAUGGCUUGACUAGAUCGACAUGGAGACGUUGGCAACCAGUCUGCAUCAUUUCUUGCUGA